AUCUGCUUUUCUUUUCACGAUCUCGAUGGAGUUUGUAGGAUUUCUUUCAUGGGUAUCUUGCUUUGUACCGCUAGUUCGCAUCGAUUUGAAUUGAUUUUUAUUUUAGAAUUAGUGUGGAUUUCUUGUUAAGAGUUCCAAAAAGAGGGAAACAUAAAAGAAAAGAUGAUGGUAUUUUACAUCUAGUGCAAGUCCCCACUUUUUUUUGAUUUUAUGUUCUUAUCACUUGAGUUUUUUCAUUUUUUCUUGAAAGUAGUGCACUUUUUUUUCCCCUUCCUUUUCGCUUAUGUGAAAAGCAAUGGAAAAGGUAAUAUUUGUUAUUGUUAUUUGUAUUUCUUUUUUUUUUCCUUUCUCCUUCUUUUGCUGGUGUAACCUUGAAAGUUAAAGCACCAAGGAGAUCGGACUGGUGAAGCCAGCAGCAAUGGAGGAGGUGAUCUCUAAUACAUGUUCGAGGCCUAUGUUAGAGAGGAGAACCAGGCCUCAGAAAGAGCAAGCCUUGAAUUGUCCAAGGUGCAACUCAACAAACACCAAAUUUUGUUAUUACAACAACUACAGUCUCACUCAACCAAGAUACUUCUGCAAGACAUGUAGAAGGUACUGGACUGAAGGUGGAUCUCUCAGAAAUGUUCCUGUGGGAGGAGGCUCGAGAAAGAACAAGAGAUCUUCAACUUCAUCAGCCUCCUCUUCAUCGAAAAAUCUGCCUGAUCUGACCCCGCCAACCUGUUCUGCAUCUUCUCAGCCAAACCCAAAGAUCCACAAAGGGCAAGACCUCAACCUGGCUUUCCCAGCUGCACAAGAUUUUCAUGCCAUCUCUGAAUUUGCUGAAUUACCCAACUUACAGACCACCAACAACGACACCCAUAAUAACCCUUCUUCUUCUUCUUCUACUUCUACAUCUUCUCUUUCAGCUUUUCAGUUGUUGAGAAGUGGAAUUACUUCAAGGGGGUUGAGUUCUUUCACGCCGAUUCCAAUUCCGGAUUCGAACACGGUUUACCCAUCUGGAUUAGCCUUGCAAGAUUUCAAGCCAACCCUCAGUUUUUCUCUUGAUGGGCUUGGAGGUGGGUAUGGGAAUCUCCAUGGAGUGCAGGAGAGUAGUGGGAGACUGUUAUUUCCUUUUGAGGAUCUGAGACAGGUUUCAAGCACAACUGAAUUUGAGCAGAAUAGAGGACAAGGAGAUUCAACUGGGUACUGGAAUGGAAUGUUGGGCGGAGGAUCAUGGUAAAGAAGAACAUGAAGAUCGAUGAUGAUGAUGAUGACGCUGAUAGAGAAAAAGAAGGAAAAAAAAAAGCAAGGAGUAAAAAGAAACUGGUGCUUCUCUUCUUUUCACAUGGUUGGUGACUUGUUUGGAUUUCUUCAGACUAACAGAUAGAUACAUGGUUUAUUUAUUUCUUUUCCUUUAUUUUCUUUUUGCUCUUUGUUCAUUGCGAAGAUUUGAAGCUCAUUUUAGGUUGGCUUCAAAAGGGGUGUCAUGGAAUACUGCGUAUCAUAGACGAAAAGAUCAAGAAGAACCCAGGAUUUUUUUUUUCUUUUUAUUUUUUUUUUCCUGUUUUCAUUUUGCAGGGAAACAUGUAGAAGCUAGAGAAGCAUGAGUGCUUCCAGUGCUUGCACAAUGGCCUAAAAUCAUAUUUUCUUCCAUCUUCUACAGAGAAGGGAUGGAGUAACAAAUGGGCAUCAUCAGUGUUGUAUGGUUUUGGUGGGAUUGGUCCAAAUAAUAUUCAUGUUGUAGGUACCAAGAGCUUGUGAAUUGUGGAAAUUCUUAAGGAGUCUCAUGGACAGUCAUAAACAGGACUACUUGUUUAAUUUGUUUUUCUCAUUUAAGAUUUAACAAACUGGGAUUGUGUUACUUCU